UUAACUGCAGCCAGCCCGUUGCCAAAAAAGGCAUCAGCAACAAUCCGGCUAAGAAGACGAAGACGUCUUUUAAAUGACUCUUCAACUAGUGUCACCAUAAAUGACGUGCGAAAAGAAAUCACAAAACAGUUUGAACAACUUAUGCCCACAAAGUACUGUAAGUCAAGUGAGAAGGUAUGUCCUGCAGGUCCCCCCGGAUAUCCUGGUCCCAUUGGAGCGAGGGGACCACGUGGCAGGAGGGGACCAAAAGGAAAGAAAGGUCCUCAAGGUCCUCAAGGUCCCAUAGGACCUCCUGGAAAAUCCGGAAAAAAAGGAAUGAUGGGCCCCGCAGGACCGAAAGGAGAAAGGGGAGAUAAAGGAGAGCCUGGGCCAAAAGGUAUGUCGGGACCACCUGGAAGGCCUGGGAAAUCGAUAUCUGCUCCACAAGUGACGUUUUCGCCAGCAGAGCAGACACGAGAUGAGAAAGGAAAUACGGCAUUUUAUUGCACGGUUGUAGGAAACCCUUCCCCAGUCGUGGAAUGGCAAUUUAAGGGCACAAAGCUUCUGUCCGGUGCAAAGUAUCUGAUUAAAGAAGGAGAGUUGAUAGUUAGAAAUCUGAAUUACAGCGAUGCUGGACCGUACACAUGUGCUGCCAGGAACAUUCUUGGAUCGUCUGAGGCCACUAGCAACUUGACUGUUCGAGGUAAGAGGAGCAUUUGACUUAGAGUUUUGUUAUAUGUGGCUGCUUGAUUUUGUAGGCUUCUUUGUGGUCCGAGAAUGCGAGAAUACGAGGUUUGAAUAAAAACCGCUGGCACCGUUAUUUAAUCAUUUACUUUUAUCUCUUCUUUCAUUUUUUCAGCAGUGUAUAACGCCAAAUUAAAAUUUAUACUCACUCAUACCUUGAGGUGAUGAUCAAGGACUAUAGAUUUUGCUCAUUGGUAUUAGGCUAGUAGUCACGAGUGUAGUUCAACUUUUAAUCUGAGCCAUACAAACAUAAAGACAUUAAAUAAUGUUCAAGAUAUUAACACAUGACAGGAAUAUUUGGACCUUACUUGAACGCGAGGGCACUCAACACCAUCCUUCUCCUUCUCCUUCUCCUUCUCCCUUUUUAGCUUAGACCACCCGGGGAGGUUACUUAGGUUAAUUUUUGCUGGAUAUGUGCCGCUGGCCUCUCAAAACGCCUACCACAUUAUAUUCUAUGCAUGCUGGUCGAUCAUGUAUUGGCUCUAUUUCAGGUCUUCCAGUCUUUACAAACGUUCCACCUUCACUUGCCACACCAGUUCAAGGCACUACGUUUCAAGUAACAUGUCAAGCUGACGGAUAUCCUCGCCCCGCGGUAACCUGGACUAGAGCAGCAAUGCCUUUACCUGCUGGAAAGACUGCUAUAAACCAAGGUACACUUACCAUUAACAACUUGAGUCCUGCAGACAACGGUUUUUACGACUGCGUAGCUACUAACAUUAUGGGAACAAAGAAGAAAAGAAUCAACCUAGCAGUACAAGUGCGUUCAGGUUUGUAUUCAAGGUACCGUCUCACUCUGUAAUUACCUGAUUCAAUAAAAGGUUGCUUUGGUAAUUGGGCACUGGGCAUUUGGGCGUACGGAACUCACUGCAAUGAAUUACUUGAGCGUCCACGAAACAAUAGCUUCCCAGUGCGCAAUUAUACAAUGCCCCAAAGCAAGAAUCAGGUACCCUUAGAUUAAACGUUCAUUUUAGUAGUGCAAAUCUUCUCAUCCAGCUUGCGAUCGUGGUUAAACACCAGAUAAGAGUGUUAAUUAGGAAGGACAGUUUUUCGAAAGUCUAACGUUGCCACUGCGAGAACUAUACGGCUAUACCGAAAUAUAUCGCAGGGUGAUCUAUUUGAAUACUGCUUUUUUUUUUUAAUUUUUGUUUUUGUUGUUUCUUUGUUUGUUUGUUUACUUUUCAGGCAUUCAAAAGCCAUCUAAUCACUGCUAAAGCCAGAAGAGAGCUACUAUCAUUGCGACUGUAUGUUGCGCUUACAGAAAUUUGCAACUAAAGACAAUUAUGCGUGUUUACUAUUAAGAGUUUCAAUGAUCUUAAAUGUUUAACCUUCCUUAAUAGCGCGCAAAUCACGUAAAUGCAUGCAUAAAUGCUUUCUUUGGUCACUUGCAAUGCUACUCUUUUUCUCAAUAAAUUCAGUUGUUUUAACAUUUUAAAAACUUUUUACCUUGUCAUUUGGGCGUCUGGAAAAGCGGGAAUCCGGAUUCCGGAAUAGGAACGGGAAUAGGAACAGGAACAGGAACCGGAACCGGAAUAGGAACCGGAAUGGGAAGAGAAACCUAUAUAAAAGCAGGGACAACAUUUACCUUAAUUUAAGUUAAUCUGGAUUUAAUUCCUGUUCAGAUUAUAUACGAAAAAUAAGGGAAAAAUAGAAUAGGAACCGGAAUAGGAACGGAAAUAUAAACAGUGUAUAGAAUAUGAAAAGAAAAAGAUAUAAUCGUGAUAUAAAUAAAAAGCCAGAGAAAUAAUUAAAGAAACAAGAAAACAUCCUUGAAAUGUUAAUCUAAUUAACCUUUCUUUAUCUUUAGCCUAUGACACAUUGUGUUUUCGUGUCAAACAUAAUAGCGAACUUAAGCAACGAGAACGCUGACCGUCGCUUGAUGGAACGCUUCUGUCUCACACAACGAAUCUGAAUUCUUCCUCUUACCUUCCACUGUGCGAAUUUGUUGAGUCAGAGCACCUAAAGACAGAAAACAUCCACUUCCAGUUUCCAUUUUUAAUGUCCUGGACGUCAACGUUCUGCUUGCUUAUUAAGGUCCCUAUUGCACGCGGUUGAGGUAGAUGAAGUACUGGCCGCUGAGAUGGGUUUUGGGGAGGGGGGGAGGGGGAGAAAGUACAUGUUAAUACCCUUUUUAAGCUGUGGACUAUCUAUCUCUGGUUAACUUCCCAAUUUAGCACCGUACAAUAAUUAUAUCUAUGGAGCAAACCUGAGGUGUAUGGCAGCCCAAUAAACGUCUCCGAUGGGUGUCUCGUAUACACAUGGUCUGACAAAUAAUAUUAACAUGUGAUAACCACCUUCCUGUGAGAGACAAAAGGAACCUUAAGAUCUGACGACGGCAACGCCAGCGAAAACGCCACUGAGAAACUGAAUUCAGGUCUUAAUUCAAACUAUUUCUCAUUAAUUCCAAAUUGCCCAGUCUUUUAAAGGUUGGGAAAUGAAGCUGGAGACCGCGUCCGAGCUCAGAAAGACACAAUAAAAUUUAUUGCCUGCCGUUCACGUUCUUAAGAGAACUUAAGAUUUGAUCAUUUACAUCAUAGUUGUGCAUACGCGGUGAAGAAUUUGACAGAAAGCGCGAUACGAUGCACUCGCAAAGCUGUUGCUUUACUUAUUUAACUUGCGGCUUUUUCUACCUCCUCGCUGCCGUAUUAUAAAGAGAUUCGGGGGGGAGCAUGAUACCAGAGUAGUGUUCUUAUAUUUUGUAUAAAUUGAAUUCGAAUUAAAAUAAUUUAAAGUAAAUGAUAUCCCUGUUCUUGUAUCGGUUCCCCUUCACAUUGCUGUUUCUGUUCCGUUGCUGUUUCCGGUUCCGGUUCCGGUUCCUGUUCCCAUUCCCGUUCCUAUUCCGGAUUCCGGUUUCCGGUUUUUCCAGACGCCCUGUCAUUUUAUGGAGUUUGACUUUUAAUACGUAGAUUUUGAAAGCUCAGUCAUUGUGGGAAACAACAGAAAUCACUUGACCUUGUUAAGAAACUGGCUAGCACCUGUGGCAAAAAGCGUGAAUUCUCUCUGGAAGCGCUGUUGGCAUGCAUCCGUGGACGGCUGGGCUGCACGUACAUUUCACUCACGAUGUGACAGCAAGGGUCCGACUGUGACAAUAAUAAGGGUCGGGAGAUAUAUUUUCGGAGGAUACACAAGUAUUUCAUGGGGUAAGUAAGCAUUGUAAGCCAUGGCAGUGGCAUUUAUACCUUUGGCGUAAUCAGUUGGCAUUGAUAUGUUCAGCUAAAAGUGGAGCUUGGUACUUAGCAAUAUGGAGUCAUGUAACUACACCUUUCAUACAUGGUUAAGUAGUGGCGAACAAAGGUUCUAGGUUAUUAGCUCUAGAUGUGGGCCCAUAUCCCCUCGUUCCUCAAGGGGCGAGGACCGCCCCUCCUACACUCACAUGGUGUGAAUGAACGCCCCACCCCUUUUCUAGAGUUCUGGUUCUGCAGAUGGUAAGUGAUGCAUUUCUAGCUUGUCAAAACGUGCCCAAAUUCGAGGCCAAUACUAUCGAAUUAUAAUAAUUUUGAGGAUCUAAUUGAGGACCCCCCCUCCUACAAUCACAUGGUGUGAAUGAGCGCCACCCCCGACCCUUCUUCUCAAGUUCUGGUUUUGCAGAUGAUAAGUGAUGCAUUUCUAGCCUGUCAAAACGUGCCCAAAUUCCAGGCUACUACUAUUACAAUAAUUUUGAGGUUAUAAAAUAUCAAUAUUGUUCUGUCUUUCUUGCCACCCUGCUAUCUUCCAUCCCUCAGUUCCCAUAUUGCAAAAGUAGCGACUAACGAACUUCACCACAAGACCCACAGGUUUUUGGAGAAAUUCGAAAAUUUUGGCAAAGAAAAAACACGCUCUUUUGACAUGUCCACGUACGUGAUACACCAAGACGAAGGUUCAUUUCAACGAUCAAACUUUCGUAAUUUUGCCUGAGCGAAAUAUCGCGAAGAGGAUUCUUCUCUUCGGAUUCGAACGAACUUAAUAGACUGAAAUGGGUGACAGAAUACAUAUUGUUUUAUACCUUUUCAAGGAUAAAGGCUCCUAAAACUCUUUAUUGUCUGUUUACUUUAUUGUCUUCUUAAUACAGUACCCUUAAAAUCGAACGAAGUAUUAAUUUACCAAUAAAAGUGUAUUGCGACAUGCACCAGUUUAUGUAGAAAAGAAGCAUCUAGCUUCGGCAAUUGGCAAAAAAGACAAAAACAGAUAAAUUUGGAGAUUUGCUCCAUAAAGUUAUAAGAGAACAUAUAUUAUUAAUGACUAAUUUUUUUCCCCGAUCUGUUGCUUGUAAUUGCAAAUCUUUUAAAAUUAACAUCUCCCACAGGCCGACACCUCAGGUUCGGUGAGCUUGCAGCCACAUAAAACUCUCUCCUGAGCGGACGAACCACGCUUGCCAUGAGUAUAGCUGUAUCUUUUACCAAAAUACCUGCACGUAAAUAAUAAUGCAAUAAAAUAAUAUUCAUACUAAUAAUAAUGAUGAUGAUGAUGAUGAUGAUGAUGAUAAUAAUAAUAAUAAUAUAAUAAUCAUGAUAAUAAUAAUUUUGAUAAUGAUAAUGAUAAUAAUAAAGAAGACAUAGAAACUGAUUUCGUUUUUGAUAAAUGACGAACGUUACUGAGAAACUCGAUCGAAUUUGUUUUAUGAGAAUGAGGUAUUUACUGUUUUUAAUUGAUCAUAAUAAACAUCAUCGUCAUCAUUAUGACAGGCACAAAGACAAUGUCGCUAACUUAUCUUAGAAAAGUUUUGUUUCAUUUCUUUUAGCUUCUGGUUCUGGCCGGUAUCAAUACGACUCAAAAGCCUUCUUAUUUUCGCUGGUAAACAAGCCAGGAUGGGCGCCUGUCAAAUUGUCUCAGUCAGGGCAAUAUAGUUCUUACAAACGUUCCAUAUGCUUUAGCUCAUCCUACGGGCCUACAUUCGGAGGAGGAUAUGACAUUAACAUCAAAAACUACGCGUCAUCUAAUAGCAAUUCUUACAGCAACCUUGGCUGGACUUACAGCCCACCGAGCGGGUACAGCUACCACAGCACCUUCGCCAAAACAUUCCUGGCAGGAACUUACGAGUUCACACCAGACGAAGUUGAAACCUUUUACGAAACAACCUAA